AAAUCCAUUUGUAUGUAUUAAAGUGAUCCAAAGUCAUUUAACCAUGAUCAUGAAUAUUAGAGAACAACAACACAAUGGAUGUUCAUGUAACUCUACCUCCACCAAUCAUGGUUUCUUCAGGCUUACUUCCAACCGGUUCUUUGUUAGAAUCAUUAAUCCAAAUCUCUAACGAAGUGACAACCGUCGACAAGAUUCCGGUUACACAAUACAACAACGUUUCGACAAUGGUAAGAAGAAUCAAACUUCUUUCAUCAUUGUUCGAAGAAAUUCAAGAAACAAACACUCAACUUCCACCUUCUUCUAUUUUGUGUCUCACUGAGCUUUAUUCGGUUAUCCGAAGAGUCAAGUCACUGAUGCAAACGUGUAAACAAGGUAGCCGUUUGUGGAAUCUUGUUCGGUCAGAAGGUGUUUCGAAUCAGUUUUAUGUGAUUGUCAAAGAAAUGAGUCGAGCGUUGGAUAUUUUACCGCUCAGUUUGUUGAAAAUAACGGUUGAUACUAGAGAACAAGUGGAGCUUCUUCAUAAACAAGUCAAACGCGUUGACUCGUUGGUUGAUGAUAAAGAGAUUCAAAGAAGAGAUGAGCUUGUUCAAGUGAUGAUGUCUAGUAGUUGUUGUAAAAGUAGCAAGAGUAAAGGUGUCAUUGACUUUGAGAAAGUCAAAGUGAUCAUGGCACAAAUCGGUUUAAAAACGCCGAUUGAUUACGAGGAAGAGAUUUCGAAACUAGAAGCUGAAGUAGAGAAGCAAGCGGGUACGGGUGGGCUUAUCGUGGUCUCGAAUAUUAACAAUCUCAUUUCCCUUGUUUCGUUGUCGAAAUCCAUGGUUUUCGACAAAGAAGAUCAGAAAACUGCCAAAGACGAAUUUAUGGACACGUAUUCCCAACACCAACACCAUCAGCAUCAUUACCCGUCUACUCAAUCGACGGUCAUUAACAUUCCGGACGAAUACCGUUGCCCAAUUUCACUUGACUUAAUGCAGGACCCAGUGAUAGUAGCAUCGGGACACACGUACGAUCGCGUGUCAAUCGCACAGUGGAUCAACUCCGGGCACCAUACAUGUCCGAAAAGCGGACAGAGAUUAAUCCACAUGGCACUCAUUCCAAACUACGCACUGAAAAGCUUGAUCCACCAAUUCUGUCAAGAAAACAACAUACCGUUAACCGAUCCCGCAACGUCAAGUUCUUCAUCGUCGCAUAUCGAAAGAAGCCCAAGUAUGAAGAGAAAGCUACCUGAAAAGGCAGUUGAUCACAUAUCCGCCACGAAAACCGCCAUGGAUACGGUAAAAAAGACUGCAGAAUUUCUCGUUGGGAAGUUAGCGAUGGGUUCGAUCGAUAUCCAACGGCAAGCAGCUUACGAGUUAAGAUUACUCGCCAAAACCGGUAUGGAUAACCGAAGGAUAAUUUCGGAAGCGGGAGCGAUUCCGUUUUUGGUAACGUUACUUUCGUCACAUGAUCCGAGAAUACAAGAGAAUGCGGUCACAGCACUUUUAAACCUUUCGAUAUUCGACAACAAUAAGGUGUUAAUAGUGGCUGCAGGAGCAAUAGACAACAUCGUAGACGUAUUGGAUUCGGGUAAAACAAUGGAGGCAAGAGAAAAUGCAGCAGCAGCAAUAUUUAGUUUAUCGUUAAUCGAUGAUUAUAAAGUGAUCAUCGGUAGUCGUCCAAAAGCAAUUCCGUCAUUGGUUGGGCUGUUAAGAGACGGAACCACCGCGGGAAAAAGAGAUGCUGCAACCGCAUUGUUUAAUCUUGCGGUUUAUAGUGUAAAUAAAGUGAACGUUGUUGUUUCAGGGGCGGUACCGCUUUUGAUCGACUUGUUGAUGGAUGAUAAGGCGGGGAUAACGGAUGAUGCAUUGGCGGUGCUUUCGCUGUUAUUGGGGUGUUCCGAGGGACUUGAGGAAAUAAGGAAGAGUAAAAGUUUGGUACCGAUUCUCAUUGAUCUUUUAAGAUUUGGAUCGCCGAAAGGAAAAGAGAACGCGUUAACUUUGUUAUUGGGGCUAUGUAAAGACGGUGGCGAUGAAGUUGCGAGAAGAUUGUUAAUGAAUCCACGAGGCAUACCGUCUCUUCAAAGCUUGGCGGCGGAUGGCUCCAUGAAAGCUCAAAGAAAGGCCGACGCUCUGCUUAGAUUGCUCAACCGAUGCUGCUCACAAUCUUCCAAACCUGUUGAAUGAAAACACGCGGCGCCUAGAUUGGACUCGUUGCAAAUUUGAAAAUGUAAAUUUAUGGAGAUGUAAUAAAUGAAAAUUGUUGUUUUUACCUGUUCA